ACGGUAUGUUAACGUCUGCUUUCACGCCUUGAAACACAGUUCGUGGCGAGCAGCAAUUGACGUUCUAUAUUUGGCGUUGCCUCGUCGGAGGAGCCUAAGCGGAUCUUGUGGAACGUGUGAGUGGCGUGCGGUGAUGUCUACGAAUGGUGCCGUCUGACGACAGUAAAUGAGAGUUGCAGUAUUACCUUGCCCCUGAAUCAAUUCGAUAUAGCAAGACCUGUUGACAUCAUGGAGGCGCAGGGCAUCUACAUGGAGGUGGAGCAGCCUGAGGAGGACUGCGUGGAACACCAAUACAUGUGUAGCGAAUGCUACCAGCUUUUCAACUCCCUGGAGGAUGUGCUGAUCCACCAGGAGAUUCAUACAGGCCAGGAGGGAGAGGAAGGCGAGGUGGGCCAGGUGGUCCACUGCGAGCAGUACCAGUGCCUGGAGUGUGGCUCGGUACUCGUGGACUCCGAGGAGCUGCUGCUGCACCAGGAGAUGCACAUGCGGGAGGCUGGGAUGGAGGCUAAGCAACAAGAGUUGUGUGAGGCUGAGGUUCCCCAAGAUUGUGGUUCACAGCCACCCCAACCGGUCCAGUACCAGUGUCUCGACUGUCUUGCUUUGUUUGACUCGCCCAACACGUGGCUGGAACACCGCAAAAGCCACAACAGUAGCACCACAAGCACCUACGCGGAGAUGACUCCACAGGAGUACGAGGUCCAAGCGGACGGCACCGUGGCUCCUGUCACCAACAUGCAGAACUUUGUGUUGAGUGAGCGGCAGGCCGGGGAGAUUUUGGCACAGGUGUUUGCGCAGCAGCAGCAAAAGAAGAAAGGCCACCCCAUCUCAAAGUCCGCCAGCUGCGCCUCCCUGCUUCCCACAGUGACGCCUACCCCCGGCUCAGCCACCAUGCACCUUCAGAUCCUGACAGCCCAAGCUCUGGCCGAUAGCUCCGGGACGCGCGCUCAACCCAGCAAGAUUGCGUCCGUGGCGGGCUGGCAAAAGCGUGGCGCCCUGGAGAACGGCACCGCCCGCCGAGUGGAGCUGAUGUUGUCCCCCGUGGGCGUCGCCGACCCCCGGCGGCUGCCGACAGAGAUGGUGGUCAUCCAACCGUACGAAUGCUCUGAAUGCGCCCUUCUCUUCCAGACCCCGGAGGACCUCCUCCAACACCAGGGGGAGCACUUCCUGGGUCAGGACAAAGAGAGUUCGGAGGUGGGACUGAUGUGCGGCUUCGAGGAAGCCCGGGGGCGCGAGGAAAUGGUGGACAAGACGGACAACUCCGUAGGGCAACUGAACCAAGCCAUAACAACGGAGAAGAAACCUGCGCUGUUGCCCAAGACCCAGCAGUGCUCACUGUGCAGUCGCAACUUCAGCUCCGUCAACCGGCUCAAAGCUCACCAGCGCGUACACGAGCAGGGCACGCAUGAGUGCACUGAGUGCGGCAGGGUUUUCAAGAAAGAGAGCUCACUGCAGGCCCACCUGCGCACCCACUUGGGUGUGAGCAGGUAUUUGUGCGUGGACUGCGGCCAAGGCUUCACCACCGAGAUGACCCUCAUCAUGCACAGAAAGUCGCACACGGCAAACCCCCUUCACAAGUGCCAGUUCUGCAACAAGACCUUCACCAACAUGACCAAGUACCUUUACCACCGACGGUCACACCUCAGCCUCAACGCCUGUGGCAUGCCUGCCUCCAACACCACCACGGUCAACACUGCUCCACAACGAGCCUCUCUCUCCAUUCUGGCCAUCCUACAGCGAGCCAGGGAGAAGAACACGCGGAUGAUGGCCCCCCUCUCUGAGGAGGAAAUGGAAAACAUGGACCAGGACCCUGCGGAUCUGAACAAGGUGGACAGGAGUGAGGGUCAAGGAACGGAGAGUGAAGAGCGUCCUGACGACAAAUCUGCCGAAGAUUUCGCGUCCAGCUCUGCAGGAAGCGCUCCGCCCGCGUCUUCGGAAAAAGGCGGGUUCACUUGUCGCUCUUGUCCGAAGACGUUCCCCUCCCAGCUGCAGCUCCUCCAGCACCGGCGUGCGGCACACGGGCCCGAGCGCAGCUUCCUGUGCGGCGUCUGUGGCAAGGCCUUCAAGAAGCAGAUCCACGUACGCAACCACAUCCGCACGCACACGGGCGAGCGGCCUUUCCAGUGCGCCGACUGCGGCAAAACAUUUUCAUCCCUCGCCAACCUCACCCGCCACACGCUGAUCCACACUGGCGUGCGGCCGUACCGCUGCGACGUGUGCCAGCGCUCCUUCUCGCAGUCAUCCAACCUGCGCCAGCACAGCCUUCUGCACGCGGGGGGCGGAAGCGGGGGCCUGAAGUGUCCCGACUGCCCCGCCGCCUUCCGCUGGUGCACCAAGCUGGCCGCCCAUCGCUUCACGCACCACCAGGGAUCUCCCGCACCCUUCCCUUGUCCCCACUGCGAGGCUGGCUUCCUCACCAGGAGGCACCUAGAUGCCCACUCUUCGGAGCAACAUCCCCUCAUUCCUCCAGAGUCAGGGGGCAACCCCACCAGCCAAUCGGAGCGGUCCCCCUCUACCGCAGAAGAUUCCGGCACUCUGGUUCAAGGCGGCUUGGAUUGUGACAUCUGCGGUAAGAAGCUCAACUCCCCCGCCAAUCUGCGGCUACACAAGCUGAGCCACCCCGGUUCCGUGCGGCUGCGCGGCGCACCCGGCAAGCGGGCUAAAUCCCACCAGUGCCCCGUGUGCGGCAAACUGUUCGUGUCCAGCUCGGGCGUAGCGCUGCACCAGCGGGUGCACACGGGCGAGCGGCCUUUCCCGUGUCAGAUCUGCAGCAAGCGCUUCCGCCAGAGGACGCACCUGCGCGAGCACCUGCGCACGCACUCAGGCUUGCGUCCCUUCUGCUGCGAGAUGUGCGGCAAGGGCUUUGUCCAAAGCAUGCACCUGGUCGAACACCGCCGCACACACACGGGGGAGCGGCCGCACGUCUGCCCGCACUGCGGAAAGGCCUUCAAGACCUUUUCCAACCUUAGGAACCACAAGAAGACACACAGUUGCCAGCAGAAGAGGGACCGGGACCGUGAGGCUAACGCCAAAGCUGUCUCGGGUGUUGAGGUUUCUGCGGUGGAACUCCCCAAUGGGCAGCCUCACUUCAUCCAGAUCCAAUCGUCAGACGUUCAGCAGGGCACCAAUACCAUCAUGUGCAACGAGUUCGGGGAGACCAUUGCCAUCAUCGAGAGCAGCGAGGGUGGGGCGCUGCCUCUGGAGCAGGCCUUGGAGAUCUUUCAGACGGCCCUGGAGAGCGGCAUGGAUGGACUGCAGAUGCUCUGAACCACAAGAAUUACUCACUUUGAAACACGUGUUCUGAAAACCACUCACAUAUAUAAUACGUACUGUUCAAAAGUUGGGGGUAAUUUAGAAAUGUCGUUAUUUUAGAAAGAAAAGGUCCCCCCCCCCCCCCCCCAAUGAAGUUCAGAUGUAAUUGAUCUGAAAUAUAUUCUAGACUUUGUCUAUUUAAAAAAGAAAAAAGAAAAAAAUACUCUUUGUUUGAAAACGUGUAUAAAUGAUCAAUGUGUUUUAAUGGAAAACAUGAAAUUGUUGAACUGUUAAUGAGGAGUCUUAAAAUGAACUUUAAAGGGGUUUGAGUGUCCAUGUGAAUACAUGUACCUUAUGUGACUUUUUAAAUAAUUUUUACUAUAAUUUGUAUUUUGAUGUGAUAGCUGGAGAGCUUGACAAAAAAGGGGUGUAAAUAAAUCAAUAAAUGUA